CGAGCUACCAUUUCCACAUCAUAGAAUGCCCCUCAUGCUUCGUACUCAUCGCUCCGCCUACUCGGCAUGGCUUCUCGUCGCCUUCUGCGCCAUACUCGGCCUCGCCCUCCUCCCACGAGCUGCAGCUUUUGGAGCGGGCAAUAUCCCCAGCUAUUCACACCAGGAGGGAAAAGCUUUCCGCCAUGGAGAUCUCGCAGACACUCUCUCUGCUCUCCUCAAAAAAUCGGGAGGAGGUCUGUUCAGCGGUAAGAGCAAAUGGGGAGGGCUCGACAUCAAGAGGGUCUACUUCGGCAACUGGCUGAGAGAUUACAGUCAAGCGAUGGACGUGGCUGGCUUAGAGAAGCUUUCCAAACAAACCAUUCUCUCGAUCGUGAUGGUGCUCAGCUUCUUGGCACACGGCUAUGCAACGGGCGAAUUUGAAGUGACGGAGGAACGUCUUGGAGUCUAUCUUCCCACCGAACAUCUAGACAACCCCAAAGGCUACCCUUCGAAUGCCAAGCAGUUCGAUCAUCGUUUGAGGGGCCCCGUCGACCCUCAGGAGCUUGAGAUCGAUCCCAGAAGCGGCAUGAAGAACUAUCUCGCCAAUGAGAGCGGAGGUUGGGCGACAAGCUCGAGGCUUAUCCGUGAGACGGUGUCACAGGUCGUUCAACUCGGGAGAGAAGCUCGAAAGACGGGCAGGAAAGAGACCCUUCACGAUGCCUACCGCCAUUUGGGGAAGGCCAUGCAUUGCCUCGAAGAUUUCCCUGCUCAUUCCAAUUUCUGUGAGCUAGCGCUGCUCAAGCUCGGCCAUCGUCAAGUCUUUUGUCAUGUGGGAGACAAUGUCCGGGUACGGAGUCCUUCUGGAGAGAUGGUCCCUUGCUUAGUCACGGGCAGUUUCGGAGGAAUGGACUUCGUAGCCUCAAUGCUGGGUGAGACCUCCGAUCAUCUUUCCUCCGCUUCUGUCUCCGACCUUUCCAAGACCAUUGACGAUGCCAAGCAGAAGCAGAAUCAGGGCGGAGCGCUCAACUCAUUGAUGAGCGUCUUGGGCAAGCUGCCCACCUCAGUAGGCGGCGACGUCACUCGCGAUGCUGAGGUGCUCAGCAGGGGCCCUGCCGCAGAUCCAGGCACAAUGUCUCCUCAAGAGAUCUAUUCGGGUCUCUUCAAAAUUUUCACCUUCCAUGACAAGGUCAUGAUGGGCGUCGAGAGCACCAUUGAGAAAAUUCCUGGUCUGGAGAACCUUCUAGAGACCAUUGGCAACUCUCUUUCGACCUUUACAAUGACUUUGAUAGAGCCUUUCGUCAAGCCGCUGAUCUCAUCGGCAUUGAAUGGUCUACAGGCUACCUCGGGCGCGGUCGUAUCCGGUGUGGAUCAGUACGAAGUCUUCAAUGACCCUUCGGCAUCAGAUCCUACCCAUACACAGCUUGCGAAGGAUCACUUCAACCUCAUCUUGAACGAAGUAGCCGGUAAUGUGGCUAUCAUCAUCGAUCGUCAUGUUGUGAACACUAUCGUAGCAAGCUGGGACGACAAUCGCGAUCCCCAGCAAGUGGCUGAUGAAUGUCUGGCACCAAUGUUCCACCCCUUCUGGCAACAUCCUCGCAGCACGGUCCAAGCCGAGAUGCUGGACUACGUAGCUGCCUGGGCUAGGAAUCACACAUCUGACAUUCAGCGUCUGAGCAAGGAGCACUGCAGGGCUCACACUAACACAAGAUCUGGGAAAGCAGAGACUCACUCAGGUUGCGGUGGAGGGAGUGUGACCGGUGCAGCGCAGCAGGACGUGGGCUUCGGUCCAGCCAUGGCGAGCUGGGUCGGUGGCAAAGUUGGUCUGCCAACAGCGGGCAGCACCAACAGUACACCUUACGGCUCAUUGAUUGGACGCGAUACACAGACUGAAGGCCUCGCAGAGAGUCGCACAGCAGCUCAAUCACUUGGCACGCCUGGCACGCCUUACAUCGACUCUGGUAGGAGCCACGACACUGCUCCUCUCGAAAGCGAGAGCACGCACCACGGACAGGAGUACGGCGCCCCUCAUCAGGCCGUUCCAGGGUAUGAUCGCGCUCAAGGGCACUCCCGGCCACAACGACAGGAUCACGGCCACCCUCAGGAGCAUUCUGCGCACCACCAGCAGGGCCAUGACUAUGACCGAGAGCACUCCAGGCCUCACCAACAACAUGGUCGACCUCACCAUGAUGAGCCACGUCGAUAUGAUGGGGCUGAGACUUCGCAAGGGUGGGGUGCAGCGCCUCAAAGUGAAGGUUAUGGCCAAGCACCUCCUUAUCAUCCAGGCGGACCUUCAUAUGGAGCAGGUCAGGCAGGACGCUACGAUGGGCAACAAGGAGGCACGUACGGGGCGGAACGCCCCUUCGAGCCUUACCCUGGCGGCUCACAGGGGCCAUGGGCCGGAGGUUUCCCUGGAGAUCGUCCUCCUCCUCCGCCGUUUUUGAUGAGCGAGCAAGGCGGGUAUGGUGGCCCACCGUCAGGCCAGGGAUAUAAUCCAGGAGAUCAACCGUUUCCAGGUCAGCAGCAGCCUUACGGUAGAUACUGACAGGGAGAGGAAGAGUACCAAGGCGGAGACAGAUUCUUGAAGAUUUCCGAGUGUGCGCACGAGGCUUGUAUCAUUUCAGUCUAGAGGUAUCCUACAUGUCAUUAGCAAGGUGGCAGCUCCGCUCCUGUGUUCAGCUUUCAGACAAUAAUGACAU